GAUCCUGCAAAGCUGGCCGGAUCAAAUUCCGGUCUCACCAUUGAAGCUCCACAGGCGCUGCAGUAGACGCAUUGUGUGUGGACGACAACCAGAGGAUUCUUGAAUUCUUUUACUCCUUCCCCCAUCCGAUUUUGCUGCUGCCGUCGUCGUUGUGUCCGGAUGAUGGCGGCAUUAUCGUCCGCACAUCUGCUUCCGUUCGGCUCCCUGCCGUCGCUGCAGGCGAUGGGCAGCAGACCACGCGCUGUAUCUUUUUCUGCCUCCAGCAGUAGCCAGCAGUAUGGAUCUAGUUCUCACAUUUGCCGGGUAUCGACGGUUUCCCCCAGUACUGUCACUCCACCAGAUUCAGACCCGGAGAACGGAUUUUCAGCAGAACAACGAGAAUGGAAUGUUUCAACUCAGCUGCUCCAUAGUGAAGGCACAUUUGAUAGCUUUGCGGCAAUGUCUCCUCCUCUCUAUCAAACUGCUACAUUCAGACAGCCUUCGGCGACCGAGGGUGGACCUUAUGACUACACCAGAAGUGGCAAUCCGACACGUGACUCGUUAGAAAUGUUGUUGGCCAAACUAGAUGGAGCUGAUCGAGCUUUUUGUUUUACUUCUGGCAUGGCUGCUCUAACAACUGUCAGCCAUCUUUGCGAAGCAGGUCAAGAAAUCCUCGUCGGCGAUGACAUAUAUGGUGGGUCAGACAGACUUCUAUCAAGAAUUGUUCCGAAGAACGGGGUUACGGUCAAACGAGUUGACAUGGGUAAUCUUGAGGAAGUACAAGCAGCUAUCGGUCCCAAAACUAGGCUAGUUUGGCUUGAGAGUCCAACCAACCCUCGGAUAAUGAUUUGUGACAUUCGGGGAAUAGCAGAUAUUGCGCACAAGUCGGGAGCGUUGUUGAUGGUUGACAAUAGCAUUAUGUCUCCUAUCCUCUCCAAGCCUCUCGAGUUGGGUGCAGACAUUGUUAUGCACUCUGCUACUAAAUUCAUUGCUGGCCACAGUGAUGUUAUGGCUGGUGUGCUGGCCGUGAAGGGCGAAAGUCUUGCGAAGGAGAUAUACUUCCUUCAAAAUGCUGAGGGUACAGGCUUAGCACCGUUUGACUGCUGGCUAUGCCUCCGUGGUAUCAAGACCAUGGCGCUUCGCGUUGAACGACAACAGGCCAACGCGCAAAAGAUUGCGGAAUUCCUACUGAGUCAUCCCCGUGUUAAGAAAGUAAACUAUGCCGGCUUACCUGGACACACCGGGCAUGAUCUGCAUUUUUCUCAGAGCAAAGGGGCAGGAUCUGUAUUGAGUUUCACAACAGGCUCACUGGCCGUCUCCAAACAUAUCGUUGAAAGCACGAAACUUUUCAGCAUCACAGUUAGCUUUGGGAGUGUGUCAUCGCUCAUCAGUUUACCCUGCUUCAUGUCUCAUGCAAGCAUUCCUGCUCAUGUUCGUGAAGAAAGGGGAUUACACGAAGAUUUAGUCCGACUUUCUGUUGGGAUAGAAGACGUUGAUGAUUUAAUCGCCGACUUGGAACAAGCCUUUAGAACCGCACCUGCAUAGGGAAACGAACUCGUACUAGCCUCUUUCUUACAAAUUCAACGUACAAAUUGUUCGUAGAUAUCGAUUACUUUUCAAAAUAGCCACGAUUCCAGUAAUGUGAGCUUUUCUUUCAAGUAGCAUGCAUUAGAAGUAUAUUAUCCGGCAAUUAAUCUUGAUUCUGGCGUAGAGAAGCGUGCUAUGAUCUAAGCCGUCGGUGUUCUGCUCACGGGCAUAUGCUGAUGUGAAACAUACCACAUUAUGUGCCAUUGUACCUUAGAGGUUUCUAGUUCAGGAAUUGAGUAUCAAAAUGAGGACAAACAUCUUAUUCCUUGUACAGUGUUGGUAGGAAAUAAUAUUGCGCAUAGCUACUCGAUUUCAGAGCUUUGUCACG